AUGGCAGAAUAUUCUGCAAUUGGAUUCAUCGGCCUAGGAGCCAUGGGAGCUCCUAUGGUUACGCAUCUUGCAAACAAAAUACCACAGGGAAUAUCGAUACAUGUAUUUGACGUGAUGCAAGACGUGGUCGAUGGACUAGUCAAACAAUUUCCUGACAGAAUCAUUGCCGAGAGGAAUGCAAAAGAGGUUGCUGAGAAAUCUGACAUUAUCUUCACCAUGGUCCCCGAAGGUUCGCACGUUCGCAGUGUUUACCUCGAUACGCAAUCCGGCAUUUGUACAACAGAUAUCAACAAAAAGAUUUUGAUCGAUUGCUCCACUAUUGAUACAGCAACAAGUCUCUUGGUCAAGGAUCAUAUUACCAUGAAUUUCCCUUCGGCAGCUUUCUACGAUGCACCCGUCAGCGGUGGGGUUCUCGGCGCAAAGAAAGGAACAAUUGCAUUUUUCCUGGGCUGUGCGGACGAUGAUAACAAUCUUCCCCGAAUUCAAAACCUAUUGAAUAUGAUGGGCAAGCAAAUUAUUCCAUGCGGCGGGCCGUCACUUGGGCUCGCUGCAAAGCUGUCGAAUAAUUAUCUGUCGGGCAUUAUUGCAAUCGCAAGCUCCGAAGCAUUUGACAUGGGCAUGCGCUCUGGCCUUGACCCACGAGUUCUAGCACGAGUAUACGCGGCCGGUACAGCCCAGAACACAAUCUGUGAUAAAUUUUGUCCUGUCCCUGGUAUUGCGCCAGAAGCACCGUCUACAAAGGGUUACAAAGAUGGAUUUAAAGUUCAGUUAAUGAAGAAGGAUUUUGGCUUGGCGGUCGAUAUGGCAAACAGGGUUAAUACGAAGUUAGUUCUGGGUCAGGCUGGCCUUAAGACAUACGAAGAAGCGAGUCAAGACCCUAGGUGUAGGGACUUGGAUUCAAGAGUGGUUUAUAGAUAUUUGGAAGGAGACGAGGAUUGGGCUAGAAGAUUUAAGUAG